CAGGAAGUAUGUACUUCGAGGUAAAAAGCACGAAUACGAGUACGUAGCUUCCACGUACCAUACACCUUCUAGUACAUCAUGAGAACGAACAUAAAUUGAAAUUACAGCUGUCAUCGGAAUUCAUUUUUUUGUUUUCUCUGUUCACRACGCCUCUGAUGGCACUUUCCAAAAGAGUAAACGUACGAUACACAAUCAAUCAAGCUCGAGACCCGACAGAGAACUCAAUAAAUCGACCAUGUUGACUCUCCAGCUAUUCCUUUUCUUUCUAGCUCACCAUGCUAUAUUUCCCUACCUCGAAUCGGCAUCUGCCUUUUUGAUUGUAACAACAACCAGAGCAAGAAAAUCACAAACAGCUCCGYCAACAACCCGAUCGCCAUCUUCGCAUCCAUUCUUGACAAAUCAUCCAGUCCCAAACGCCUUCGUUUUGAAUGCCGGCUUCGAACAGCUUCCCGGGGAGAGCAACACCGACUUUAUCAAGCGAAUUACGAGCCAAAGUGACRAUUUUAUGGACCAACAAAAAGCUAAAGCAAAGAAAAUGACRAUGCCAUCGCGACGGGGAAAGUYGUCGUCAAAYGAAUCAAUUACCGAGGAAGGAGAGAGUGACAAGCCGAAAGGAAAAUACCAGCGCAUCGAGGAAUGGGAUGCCGAGAAAAAAGCAAACGGGGAGCUCGCGUGGGAACAAAAGGUGCAAUUCGAUGGCCAAAGGUUCGGAAAUCAAGUCAAACAAGACUCGAUUCUYCGACGCCAUUUGGGAACGUUUUAAUAAUWCUUUUGACAACCRUGGUAGYAUKYUUGGAUCUUAUCGAUCUCUUUUGASGAGUGAASGGGAUCGAGCUGAACAAAAGAGACUURUAGAUUGAAGUUYGUUSACACUGKGAACUCRAAUGGUCUCAUUUUGUAUUCCAUACUUUUGGUGUUUCUUCAAUGCUUUCGGAUCUGAUCGGGCACGUUGUUYUAGAUGGGGCUUAUUCUAGCUAAUUGCCUCUUUCAAUCGAAAGGGAAAGGUCUACCACGUCGGUAGAUUCCGCUUGAUCCCAUUUUCGUAUCGAUGAGGAUUUGGUGACACGGAGGGCUGCUUUGGAUGCCUCCAAUCAUCUCUUCGAAAAAMGGUGACUACCUWCAUGCAAACUAGAGACAAASAGAUGGAGCUCAAUGGAACCCUCAUGUGUAGACARCAAAGAGUAAAUUGUAAUAUUAAAU